CAACUCACUUGAUAGCCGUUUGUUUGUUGAUAAUUUUAACGCAAUCCAUUCAUGCAUUCAAAGUUUUUACAUUUAAUUAAUAUAGAUUGUAUGUAUCUUCUAUAAAUUUAACUCAAGUUUACUUUCAGAGUUAAAGCAAUAUUUUGCAUUUGCCUUUAAUUAAUUACAAUUGUACAUACAAUCAUGAAGCCAAGCGGCGGGGACGAUGACUAUGAGGGUGAUGAUUUUUUACAAGAGGAACCUGAACAUACAAGGAAGUUGUUUAUUGGUGGACUAGAUUAUUGUACGACAGAUACGUCACUGAAAGAGUUUUAUGAACAAUGGGGGGAUAUUGUUGAUGUUGUUGUUAUGAAGGAUCCACAGACCAAGAGGUCUCGCGGUUUCGGUUUUAUAACUUAUUCCCGGGCUCAUAUGGUAGAUGAUGCUCAGAAAAACAGACCUCACAAGAUUGAUGGAAGAAUUGUAGAACCAAAACGAGCUGUACCAAGAGAAGAGAUCAAAAGGCCGGAUGCUAGUGCAACAGUCAAGAAACUGUUUAUUGGAGGUAUAAAACAAGAUAUUGAAGAGGAAGACUUGAGAGAAUACUUCAGCAAAUUUGGCGAAAUUAUUUCAGUGAGUUUAGUAACAGAAAAAGACACUGGAAAGAAAAGAGGCUUUGGAUUUAUUGAAUUUGAUGAUUACGAUCCAGUUGAUAGAAUAUGCUUACAACCAAGCCACAAGGUUAAAGGUCGUCGCUUGGAUGUUAAAAAGGCUAUAUCAAAGACAGUGAUGGCAUCUAGUGGUAGUAGGGGACGGAGUGGAAGAUGGAGUAAUAGACAAUUACAGGAUUGGAAUACAGAUGGCGCCUUUGAUUCAGGCUACGAGCAGGGUUGGAACAACCAGAAUCCUUGGGAUAAUUCAGGCAAUUGGGGCAACCAGGGUUAUGAUCAAGGUUGGCAGGGCGACUUUGGGAGUGGAUAUCAACAAAACUAUGGUGGAGGGCCAAUGAGACCUAAUUUUAGUAAUACACGACAACAGCCCUAUAAUGCAGGUGGUGGCUACAACAGCGGCAAUCCUUCCAACUUCAACAACUCUGGCAACACUCCCAACAACUCUCGUCGUUUUUAAAAGACCUCUUGUCUCAAGCUUAGUUGAAGCUAGGCAGGGAGUAGAUAGGCCAGGAGCUAGCUAGUGAAGUGGACAACUGCAUUAAUAAUUAUUUUACUUAUUGUAAGGUAUUGUGUUCACUAUAGAAGAUAUUCGAUUUCAGUCUUAAAUCUUUUUCAUCACAGUUUAAAUGCACGGGCUAUUUUUGCUGUUAUUACUAUUAAUCAGUUGUAAAAACUGUGUUAUAAAGCGUUUUUAGAUUUUAAGUCAUGUUAUGUAUUUAUUCUUAAUACAAGCACAUUCCACUUUCGAAUUUUAUGCAAUAUAAGGUGCAAUUUUUUUUCUUCUAAUAUUGAUGAAUGUUUAUAUUCAUUGGUUUUUAUAUUUGAAUAUGGGAUUAAUUGAUUUAAUAUUAAGGAUUUGUUUGUGGGAUUUUAAAUAGUUGAAUUUGAAGUUUACUUUAUCGAUUGUUAUGUUUUUUUUUAAUUUAAUGAAAUGUUAUUUUCUUGAUAUUUUACUAUUAUAAAUGUAGAAUUACAUUGCUCUUAUUUCGUGUGCAAUAUAAAUUAAAUUGACAAUAUUUUCCAUGGACUCUUCUACUAUUUGGACAAGCCUCCGUGCGUGGAAAAGGCCAUGGUAAGUAGACUAUAAUGAAAUAAAACUUAAUAAUAACAA